GUUUCAUAGUGUCAUUCCUCCAGAAGGUGCUUCACAGUGUCCUUCCCCUGCCCACUUUCUCUGGUAGAAUCGUGCAGAAUCAUCUUUCUGAGCCUGUGGACCAUGGACUCCUGGAGGUAAGACAGAUCUGGGGAUACCAGGAAUCCACAAAAGCUGAUCGAGAAAAGCAGAGGUGUCAGUUUGCUUGGAAGCAUUCAAAUCCGUUAGGCGUGGCUCCACAGGUGAUUCUGUGAAUUCCAGGGCCUGGGCAGCGCAGGAGCCCAGCGCUAACAUAAGGCAGGUGCAUCUUCCUGCAGCAGUGAUUCUGUAAUCUCUCAGUCCAGAGUUGUGCCGCACAAAUACAUUAACGUUCAUCGUGUUUGCAGAGCACAAGCAAGGAAUCUGCUGUGAAUUGCAGUUUCUGGCGCUUUAGAAGGCAACUUGUGUGGUGAUUGCCUGCCUAGGGAGGCCGUGGGCAGAGGGAAGCAAUACUGCUGCCUGUUGGUCACCUUCUUGUUACUUGAUCUUCUGGAUUACCCUAACGGUGAGUGUGCUGUGGCCCAGGGGAAACGCCUCCAACCCCCACAGGAGAUGGGCUAGGAGAUGAUCAGCCCAGGUGCAAGCAGACUGGAGUGCUAGUUGUGUGCUGGGCAGGUGUGUCGACUUUAGUCAUUUACUUAAGAUAAUGAGUUAAACUGAACUACUCAGGUAAUGAAUUAAAUUCAGCUGUGCUGGGCAGCCUGUCAGGGAAGAUCCCCCAAUGCCUGUGUGGUGGCCCAGGUGCUCUGUCUGAAAGUGCUUGUGUAAAAGGAAGGGCAAGCCCUUCAGGAACCCCCUUCCUCACAGCAGUGUUCUCACCAGUUCAUGGCCGUGGCCCUGCCCUUCCAUCUGGAGUGGAAAAAGUUGUGAGGAACAACUAGGCUAUGUUUGGCACAAGGCUGCAGGGCUUGAAGUCAAGUAGCCAGGACAAACCGCUGCCUGGGGACACGCUGCAGGGACUGGGGCAGGCAGGAGCCCUGGCGCCGUGGUGCGCGGAGUUUCAGGAAGGAAGAUGUCUCUACGUGAUCCUGCUGAUGGCCCUGUACUGGUGCACAGAGGCACUGCCCUUGGCUGUGACAGCUCUGCUGCCCAUCGUCCUCUUCCCCUUCCUGGGGAUCCUCCCAUCUAACAAAGUUUGCCCACAGUAUUUUUUAGACACCAACUUCCUCUUCCUCAGUGGAUUAAUCAUGGCCUCGGCCAUUGAGGAGUGGAACCUGCACCGCAGGAUCGCCCUCCGGGUCCUCAUGCUGGUGGGAGUGCAGCCAGCCAGACUGAUUUUAGGGAUGAUGCUGACCACGUCCUUCCUCUCCAUGUGGCUCAGUAACACGGCCUCCACUGCCAUGAUGCUGCCAAUUGCCAAUGCCAUUCUAAAAAGCCUCUUUGGGGAGAAAGACAGCUCUAAGGACAUGAGCAGGGAAAAUGAAGAAAACCAAGCAUCUUUACAGCAGAAUAAACUUUACACUGUACCAACUGAGAUGCAGUUUCUGGCAAGUACUGAGGACAAAGACCUCUCAGAGGAGAAGGAGAUGCCCAGCGAAGCUCUCUCAGACCUGAAGAAGGAGGAGGAGUACAAAACAAACAUAUGGAAAGGGUUCCUCAUCUCCAUCCCCUACGCGGCCAGCAUCGGAGGGACAGCGACGCUGACGGGCACUGCCCCAAACCUCAUCCUGCUGGGACAGCUGAAGAGUUAUUUUCCAGAAUGUGAUGUGGUGAACUUUGGUUCUUGGUUUAUGUUUGCAUUUCCUUUAAUGCUGAUUUUUCUUCUCAUGGGAUGGCUGUGGAUCUCCAUCCUGUAUGGAGGAAUCAACCUCAGGGGCUGGAGAACCAAAAAGUCAAAUAUAAGAGUGGAUGCAGAAGCCCGAGCCAGAGAAGUGAUAAAGGAGGACUAUCAGAAACUGGGUCCCACAAAGUUUGCAGAGCAGGCAAUUUUCUUCUUCUUCUGCAUAUUUGCCAUCCUGCUUUUCUCCAGGGAUCCCAAAUUCAUUCCAGGUUGGGCCAGCUUGUUUGCACCAGGGUUCAUCUCAGAUGCAGUUACAGGAAUCACCAUUGUCAUCAUCCUCUUCUUCUUCCCUUCACAAAAACCUUCCUUCAGGUGGUGGUUUGACCUGAAAGCACCCAACACUGAGAUGCAGCCCUUGCUGACAUGGAGGAAGGCUCAAGAGACAGUGCCCUGGAACAUCAUCCUGCUGCUGGGAGGGGGCUUUGCCAUGGCAAAGGGCUGUGAGGAGUCUGGUUUAUCUGUCUGGAUAGGAGGUCGUCUGCAUCCCUUGGAGGGUGUCCCGCCGCCUGUGGCUGUCAUCCUCAUCACCGUUGUCAUUGCCUUAUUCACAGAGUUUGCCAGCAACACAGCCACUAUCAUCAUCUUCUUGCCUGUCUUGGCAGAGCUGGCCAUUCGCCUGAGGGUGAACCCUCUCUACUUGAUGAUACCAGGCACCAUAGGCUGCUCCUAUGCCUUCAUGCUGCCAGUCUCAACACCUCCUAACUCCAUUGCGUUUUCCUCUGGGCACCUGAUGGUGAAGGACAUGGCAAGAACUGGGUUGCUCAUGAAUCUUAUGGGAGUUCUGCUUCUUAGCUUGGCUAUGAAUACAUGGGCCAAGAGCAUCUUCCAGCUGGGGACCUUCCCUGCAUGGGCCAACAUCCAUGCAGGAAAUGCCACCUCAGUCUUGCCAGCUGUAGAAAAUGUCACUUUAAGUGCACUAAAUAAAAUAUGAACAAAGCUACUCCUGGGGAAGGACUCACUCACUCACUUAGGACUCGGGCACUGGAAUCGUCAGAGCGUGCACAGGAGAGCCCCAUGGCAGCCUGCACCGUGGGGCACCCUCUGGUUAAAUUUGACUUUCAGAAAUCCUGCUCAGAGUCUCAGCAUCCAAUUGUUCCUGUCGCUGAAGACUUCCCCACCUUCCACAGGCACCAGCCAGGCUCUCCCAGAGUCCACCUGGCGUAGGUGGUGCUUGUUAACUGGACGAGCAUCUUUGGGCAGAUGCUUCUCCUGCCAUGAGAGCUUUGCUGCUCCAGCUUCUGACAGCCUACCUCGCGUUGGAGAGUAGCCCUGGGGACAGGCUGGAAGGAGCUGGGUCCUUGAAGGGCAGCCCAGUGUGAGUGAGCACCUCUGAAUGCCGCCGGGGGCAAGCUGUGAGGGAUGGGGUCUGGAUACCACCUCGGGAGCAGCUCCUGGAGGAUGAAGACUUGCUGCAGGUGUGUGUGUGAGGGGUGACACAGGGGGUGUCAGUGGGGCAUGGUGCACUGCUCCAAGCUUUGGAAACAGGCAGGCAGCAGCUUGUUUUCAGACAUGCUCAGUGUUUGGACAGCCUGGAGCAGGAAUUGCUGCCUGCUUCUUUGCACUGAGGGCACAGAUGGGGGCUGGGACCAAAUUAACUCCUGCUGUAACUCUGGGCAUCGCCAGUGGCUGCACCAGUGGUGAGUGUGGCCAGGCUCAGGCUCGUGAGGGUGGCUCACUGGUGAGUGCCUCUCUGAGUCACAGCUCAGUGCAGAAGCUGCACUGGGAUACUAAUGGCAUGUCUGGAAAAGGGGCUUUGAUUCUUAGCAUGGUUUGAAACCAGGCCCUUGGGUACUGCUGAUGCAGGCACUGCAGAUUUGCUCUGAUUGCAGCACACUUCAGGUGAGCUUUUAUUUUCUAUGAGAAUCUAAAAUGUGUAUCUGAAAGGAUCAGUCAUGGCAAUAGGCAGCUGGAGUGGCAAAGGAGCUGAGCCUUGCUUUAGGGAAGGUCAGUGACUGGAUGUCACAUCACUGGUGAUGGGAGACUGGCUUGGGGUGGGGAUCCAGUGCAUCUCCCCUGCUCCUGUGCUGCAAAUAACCCCCAGGGCCAGGAGGGAGAGCUGGCAGAGUGACGCUCCCCAGCCACACCUGCUUCUGCAAGGGAUUACCCUGGGGUCAUGGCACGAUGGUGAAGGGCUUGAACUGAAAGUGCCAAAACCACUUGAACGUGGAACUUUGAUCAGCCAAGUUUAAAAAAUCCUUAAUGUUCAACGAAGUCUCUCCUGAUUGUGGCAAGCUUACAAUAAAGCACAUUUGUGAGCACC